UGGGUCUGACGUCAUCAAUACGUGACGACUUGUUGUUUUGGCUAGCAUAAGUGCGAAAUAAAGCUUAUUCAGAGAAGUGUUCAAGAGAUGCGUGUAAAGUAAAAGAAUAUUACCGUGUUGUUGUGGUGGUCUGUGAAAAAGUAUGGCUACCCAAAGGGUUCUUCCGCAAAGCAAAGAGACGCUUCUACAGAACUACAACAAGAGGUUGAAAGAUGACAUCAGAUCUAUUCUGGAUAAUUUCACAGAAAUAGUGAAGACCGCAAAGGUUGAGGAUGAGACUCAGGUGUCCAGGGCCACGCAGGGGGAGCAAGACCACUACGAGAUGCAAGUCAGAGCUGCCAACAUUGUUCGUGCAGGCGAGUCCUUGAUGAAACUUGUGUCAGACCUGAAGCAGUUCUUGAUCCUGAAUGACUUCCCAUCUGUGAAUGAGGCGAUCAGCCUUCGCAACCAGCAGCUGCGCUCCCUCCAGGAAGAGUGUGACAAGAAGCUCAUCUCACUACGCGACGAGAUCGCCAUAGAUCUAUACGAGCUCGAGGAAGAGUAUUACUCCUCCAGGUACAAAUAGGUUUCCCAACGUCCCAUCCUCAACCUUGUAUUCCCCCGCCCUACUCAUCUUCACAUACAUACACCAAUGUGCCUUCUACCGAUGCCUUAAUUGAAUAGAUAGCCUCAUUCAUAAAUGCACCAUUGAGGAUUAAGAAAUUUAUUUUUGUGUCCCUUCUGACUGUCUACCCAACAUUUAACCACCAAGUACCUUAAUCAUGAUCACAUUUUGUUUUCUGUUUGGCCACAUGUCAAAUAUAUAAGCCCUGUAACUAAUUUAAAAGCUUGUGCAUUUUGGAAUGCGGAUACAAGUCUUUUGAGGUUACAGGGCAUAUUCCAGGAGUUGCUGCUAAGAUAAGAUAUGAAUUGAGUUUGUGAAGCAUAUAAGAUUAUUGCGUAUUGUGAAAAAUAUAAGCCAUUUUUGUUCAUUCUAAUAUUGAGAUCUAUGAAGUUCUGGAACUGAAAUGCAACUGGUUUUGAAAAGGACUAGGAUAUUUAUUACUCUUGCUGAAAUUGUAGGAUUAUAGUAUUUUUAUGGCCUCUGAGAUUAAGUGUACAGAUAGAAACCUAGUGAAAACAUUCAAACGUAUUUAUACGUAAACGUAUAAAGCACUGCAGUUGCUUAAAUGCUAGUGAUCUACUCUUUGAUUAAUAAAACAUUACUGUAAAAGCAGUGUGGAAUCUCACAAAAGCCUUAAUGCCUUACAAUAAUUUAUUGGUUUUAAUAGGACAAAUGGCUAAGUGGUGUUCAAAGCAUGUGAUGCAAAGUCAACAGUAGAGGUUGUUAAUGAUAUUAAAACUGUGUGUGAAAUCAUUGUAGAUCACUUGAGAAAUGGUUUAGCUGUCACGAAAGGUUACUUUGUCUCCCCAGUAGUCAUGAUUCUGAAGGAUUAAGAUCUUGUCCUCUGUACACAAAUGGCAUUUUAUUCUCAUGUUUUGUCAUGUUUUAAUAUGUGCAGUUUUUGUCUUAAUCAGUUGUGCCGGUACAUCACAUUAUUGUGCAUUAGCAGCAGGUGUGUAUGAGGUUUGUGCUAAGAUUUUUAAAUGUAAGACUCUUCACCCUUAGCAGCAGAUCUGUCAUGUUAAAUACCAGCUGAAAUACCAAAAACAUGCAGGCUGUUAUCAUUAUUUCUAUGUCUUAUGAAACAAAACACUGUAGUCCAGUCAUCAGAAAUAUGUUCAAAAAGGCCUCAAAUCAGCCUAUAGACCCUGUCUGGGGUUUUUUUUUAACAGAAAUAAAAGAGAGACUAACUUGCA